CCCUGGGGAACUGCAGACCUAAGUGCGAGAGGAAAGCACCGCAUCUCCAGGCACAUCCCACAAAAAGGAUGGACGAGACACCGUAGAGGAGGAUACAGGAGGAUUAAAGCAUUCGGGAAAAGCAAGCCAGCCCUCUGGAGAAGCUGUCGAAAUUCAAGACUAGCAAGAGAAGUAAAUUCAACCUCUCACACCGAUCAUUUCUCAUUCCCUGAAAAGAAGAUUCCUUCCCCAGGGAAGUGAAGAUAAUGAACUUUUGGAGAUACUGCUUUCUUGCUUGUACUCUGCUCAGUGUGGUCAUUUUUGUGAGAUUUUACAAUAGCCAUUUGAGCCCGCCAAAAACUUACGAGAAGCUGAACAGUUCCAGUGAAAGGUAUUUCAGGAAAAAUGCCUGUAAUCACGCGUUAGAGGAAAAGCCCAUCUUUUUGUGGGAAAACAUAUUACCAUCACCUUUGCGAAACAUCCCUUGCAAGGAUUACCUGACCGAGAAUCACUACAUCACAAGUCCCCUGUCGGAAGAAGAGGUUGCAUUCCCUUUGGCCUAUGUCAUGGUCAUCCAUAAGGACUUUGAUACCUUUGAAAGGCUCUUUAGGGCUAUCUAUAUGCCCCAGAAUGUCUACUGUGUUCACGUGGAUGAGAAAGCCCCAGCUGAGUUCAAGGAAUCUGUGAGGCAGUUACUGAGUUGCUUCCAAAAUGCUUUCAUUGCUUCAAAGACAGAGUCUGUGGUUUAUGCAGGAAUUUCCAGGCUCCAGGCUGACCUGAACUGUCUGAAAGAUCUUUUCAACUCUGAGGCUCCCUGGAAGUACGUCAUCAACACCUGUGGACAAGACUUCCCCCUGAAAACCAACCGGGAGAUAGUUCAGCAUCUGAAAGGAUUUAAAGGGAAAAAUAUCACCCCCGGGGUGCUACCCCCUGAUCAUGCAAUUAAGCGAACUAAAUAUGUCCAUCAAGAGCAUAUAGGUAAAGGUGGCUCGUUUUUGAAAAAGACUAGUAUUUUGAAAACCUCACCUCCACAUCAUCUGACUAUCUACUUUGGCACUGCCUAUGUGGCGCUUACUAGAGAGUUUGUCGACUUCAUUCUCCAUGACAAAAGGGCCAUUGAUCUACUACAAUGGUCAAAAGAUACCUACAGUCCUGAUGAGCAUUUCUGGGUGACACUCAAUAGGAUUUCCGGUGUUCCUGGCUCCAUGCCAAAUGCAUCCUGGACUGGAAACCUCAGAGCUAUAAAGUGGAAUGACAUGGAAGACAAACAUGGAGGCUGCCACGGCCACUAUGUACACGGUAUUUGUAUCUAUGGAAAUGGAGACUUAAAGUGGCUGGUGAAUUCACCAAGCCUGUUUGCUAACAAGUUUGAGCUUAAUACCUACCCCCUUACUGUGGAAUGCCUAGAGCUGAGGCAUCGCGAAAGAACCCUCAAUCAGAGUGAAACUGCCAUACAACCCAGCUGGUAUUUUUGAGCUAAUGGUAACCCCUGACUGAAGGGAAAUUGCAGCUGGGAAGAGGAGCCCGUCUUUGGGAGAGACUUUUGCCUUCCUAAUGUUAAUGGUUUCAGGACCACAUUUAUAGCUUCAGGACCUGGCUACAUAAUUAUACUUAAAUUAUCCACCGGACAGGCCGGGCGUGGUGGCUCAUACCUGUAAUCCCAGCACUUUGGGAGGCCAAGGCAGGUGGAUCAUCUGAGGUCGGCAG